AUGUAUUGGGCCAGACCUCCUGUAGUAGGACCAAGAGGAAGGCUAUUAGCAGCAACAGCAGCACCAUUCCUCGGAUCUAACAUUAACAACUCUCAUACUACCAACAUCGCCACUAACACGACCCGCUGCGCUCUUUGUUACGCUAAUAACAACAGCAGCAAGCAUUUCCUCUUCAAACCUCCCUUAUCAUCAUCACUUAUCAUUAUGGACAUCUUAGGUGGUGGUAAUGGUGGUGUUUUUCCUUCUGCUUCUGCUUCUGGGGUUUCUACCGUGCCGUCUGAUAAUGGAGGGGACGCUAAUGUUUUUGCCUUGUAUCCUUCGUCUCUUCUCAAAAUUAACAAAGGAGACAUCACUAAGUGGUCUGUUGAUGGCUCCUCUGAUGCUAUUGUAAAUCCAGCAAAUGAAAAAAUGCUUGGAGGUGGAGGUGCAGAUGGAGCCAUUCAUAGAGCUGCUGGACCACAACUACGAGAUGCAUGCUAUGCUGUCCCUGAAGUCCGACCUGGAAUUCGCUGCCCUGCUGGAGAAGCAAGAAUUACUCCAGGUUUCAAUCUGCCUGCAUCUCAUGUAAUUCACACCGUUGGCCCCAUCUAUGAUGCUUAUAGUAACCCUGAAGCCCCACUUAGGAAUGCAUACAGGAACAGCUUGACCUUGGCUAAAGACAACAACAUCAAGUACAUUGCAUUUCCUGCCAUAUCUUGUGGUGUUUAUCGUUAUCCUUAUGAGGAAGCUGCCACAGUGGCUAUAUCAACAGUUAAAGAAUUUGCCAAUGACUUGAAAGAGGUGCACUUUGUUCUGUUCUCGGAUGAAAUUUACAAUGUUUGGUUGGACAAGGCAAAAGAAUUGCUCCAGGCUUAG